AUGACCAAAGAAGAGUAUCUAGCUUCACUGAGAAGAAAAAGUAGCGGCUUUUCUAGAGGGGUUUCGAAGUACAGAGGAGUUGCGAGACACCAUCACAAUGGAAGAUGGGAGGCAAGAAUAGGAAGAGUUUUCGGGAAUAAGUAUCUCUACCUCGGUACUUACAGCACACAAGAAGAGGCGGCUCGAGCUUACGAUAUUGCAGCAAUUGAAUACAGAGGGAUUAAUGCGGUCACAAACUUCGACUUGAGCACGUAUAUCAGAUGGUUAAAGCCCGGAGCAAACAUUUCAGAACCUGCACAAGAAACAAAACAGAGCACAGAAUUUGCAGUAUCGGUAUCCCCUUUUGUAAGAGAAGAGGGAUCUCUUUCGCUGCCAUGUUUAAAACGAAAAGCUUUUGGAUCAAACGAAGAGAACGAUGUUCAAGAAAUGUUUUCGAGCAGGGUUCCUAUUAGCCCAUGUGGCAAAUCUUCUCCAACGGCUUUGGGGCUACUAUUUCGAUCUUCUCUGUUUAGGGAACUUCUUGAGAAGAACUCAAAUGUGUCCGAAGAUGAAAAUGACGGUGGAACAACGAAGAACUUGAUGAAGGCGAGAAGUGAGGAUGAAUACGAAGGGAUGUUUUGUGGUGGAAGUGAAGAUAUAUAUGACUGUUCGGAUAUGGGCACUAUGUAUUAA